AUGUUCAGUGGCCAAAGUGAUAAGCCGAAGGGCGCAAAACAGACGCCCUCCGUGAAGGCAGGGGCAGAACGACGCCAGCGGCAGAUGAUCAGUGUGCGGCAAAAGGCCCAUGGGGAAGUCAUGAAACACGUCCGCGAAGACCACACGAGUGGCGUUGCCGGUUUGCCAACCACCGAAGAUGGGGAACCAGUAAACGCCUGGUCAUUUAACAUCGACACGACCCCGGAGAAUGUUCCACGAGAGUUGCUGCCCGAAUUCGUUCGUAUGGUGAUGGAGGGACAGUCGGAUGCGGAGGUGUAUCAGGGCGUCCUUAUGCUUCGCAAGAUUCUCGCCGUGGAGAAGGAUCCGCCGCAUGAUGAGGUGAAUCAGAGCGGUGUGAUUCCAUACCUUUUGAACCUCAUGGACCGCUUUGAGGCUCCGCGACUGCAGUUUGAGGCUGCCUGGGCCCUGACCAAUGUCGCAGCAGGCACCACAGCGAGUACAAUUUUCAUCGUUAAGGCCGGCGCAAUCCCUCGAUUUGUGGCUCUUUUGGGGUCCGAGCACGCGGACUGCCGCGAUCAAGGGGCAUGGGGCUUAGGCAAUAUUGCUGGGGAGGGGGUCUACUGUCGUGACCUGCUGCUGCAGAACGGUGCCUUACCGGCCCUUCUCGCUCUCCUCUCCGAUCCCGAGCAGCCAGCCGGCGUUCUUCGCAAUGCCGUAUGGGCUCUAUCUAACCUCACUCGCGGGAAACCCUCCCCGCCCUUGGAGCAAGUGUCAAUUGCCCUUCCAACCUUAAGCAAACUUCUUCACCAUGAGGAAAAGGAGAUCGUGAUAGACGCCGCGUGGGCAAUUUCCUACAUAAGUGACGGUCCUGCAGAGCGAGUGCAAGCUGUGAUAGACUCAGGCGUGGUUCCUCGCGUGGUGGAAUUUCUUUCCUGCUCUGUAACCCCUCUCCAGACCUCCGGCAUUCGCACUGUCGGCAACAUUGCGAGUGGUGAUGAUUCACAGACGCAAAUUCUCAUCAACCACGGGGUUCUGCCGCUACUUGGGCCUCUCCUAAUGCACCCUAGGCGUGAAAUCAGGAAAGAAACCUGCUGGACCAUCUCCAACAUCGCCGCUGGGAAUCCAUUCCAGAUUGAUGCGCUCAUUGCCUCUGAAAUAUUCCCCGUGGUGAUCUCCAACUGCCUCGUCAGUAACGAACUCGAUGUGAGAAAGGAGGCUGUUUGGGCAAUCGCCAACAUCACCCUUUGUGGCGUUGCCCCCCAUCUGCGGUACCUUCUACAAUGCGGUGUUAUUACUCCCUUGUGUGCUGUCUUGACAACGCAUGAGUCAAGGAUUCUGACAGUCGCGCUGGAGGCCCUCCUGGGGUUUCUCCAACUCGGCGAGGACGAUUACAAGGCAGGGAUGUUUGAAAGGAACGUGGUGGCGGAUGCUGUCUUGGAAUGCGGUGGUGUAGACUCCAUUGAGCGCAUACAGUCCUAUACGGACACCAAUCUCUACAGCAUGGCUCUUUCAAUUCUUGAGACGUACUUCAACUUGGAGGAUGGCGCCCCGAACGGUGCGUUUGAUACCUCGAUGGAUUUUGGCGACGCCACGGCGAACCAACCGAAUGCGGGCUUCGAUUUCUGA